CCCGUUGCGGACAUUUAAAACGCUUUAUUUUCGUGAAUGUUGUCUGUCGUAGUGCUUCGUAUUUACCAAUACCUACGAGCACAUAAUUUACCCGACUUUUAUGUGCCUCUAAAUUUCGUUUUAGCUUAGCUUGUUUGCGGACAGCUCCAGCUUUAGUACUGGAUUCCGCUUUAUUUCACGGUUGGCCGUUAGCGAGCAUUUCUGGCCUCAUCGGUUUGCCGUAGCAGCUGUUGCUAUGGCGACAGCACUCUGUAGAAACUUCCUGAACUUUAACGCCGCGGACACACUUUCGAGAACCACGCAGCUAAAACAAACAAAACGACUGGCAAAUCAUGGCCUCUUGCCUCGUUCCCGACUUCCCGGCCGUGAUGGCGGCUCUGGAACAUUUAAAGGAGCUGGACAAGCAGCUGAGAGAGGAGGGAGUCCCGUUCGCACCUGAAGCCAGCCUCCACUUCACGGAGAUAACGGCUGCCAUCACCGAGCUGGAGGCGAACAGGCGGGCUGCUCACGAACAUUUAGAGGUGGAAACGAUAGAAAACAGCAAGCUGAGGCACCAGAUUAACGGCAUACGCGAGCGAAUGACCGAGGAAAUAAUGACAGACAUAGCGGCAGCCCGGGCGUCCAACGCUGAGGAGAUAGAGACGCUCCGCAAAGAGCUCAACGCAGCUUCUCAGCUCCAAGAAGAGACCAUGAGGAGGCAUCAGGAACUUCUGAACCAAAACAAAGCGCUGCAGCCAGAGCGAGAACAGGUGAAGGCUGAGUAUGAAGCCGUCAUCGCAACUCUGAACGAUCAAAUCACCCUCAAAUAUAGCUCGCAGAUACAACUGGAUCAGACACGGGAGCGGACAGAGGCGAUCAAGUCCUGCAUUGCUGCUGUGGACCGGGAUAAAGUAGCACUGGAGCAAAGCAUGGCACUGGAGAGAGAAGCUUUCUCUGUGAAAAACCACAACCUGUCAGGAGAGGUGGACCAGGCCGGGGAGACGAUUAAGCAGCAGAAUCAAGCGAUCAGGAGGCGCAGAAAAGAGCUGGACAGACUCACCAGCAAGAAACAAGAAUCUUCUGACCAUCUGAAUGAAGUUACAGUUCACAUGGCCAAGGAGGAGAGCAACAUCCGAAGGCUGACAGCGUCUCGGUGCCAGUGUGAGAAAAAGCUGGAAGGGGAAAUCCAAAAGCAUCAGGAGCUGAGGCAGCAGAAAGAAACGCUGAAGAAGGAGUUGCGUGAGUUAGGGGAAGCCUUCACACUUGCAGUCCAGCACCUUCAAGAGGAAAUCACCACAGCUGAAGGUAAAAUAGAAGAUGGUCGGGCAUCAAGGUUGCUCCGUCAAGACGCUUUGGUUCAGAUCUGUGAGGUGUUCAAGUUUCGGCACCGUGAAGAAACCGAGGUGAGGGCUGAGUAUCUCAGUAUGUUGCAGCAACUGGAGCGGUCCAAGCUGCAGCUGGAGGAGCGCAUUGCUUCCAUUGUCAGACACAGCAAGGAGAUCAAAGAGAUGGAAAAGCUGAUCGGUGAACUCCUGGAAACAGACACUAUCAAUAAGCGUUUGUUUGAGAGGAAUCAGGAAGAGCUAUGCGAGAAUGUGAAAACAGAGAAGAAGAACAUCAGCCAUUUAGAGGAGGAGAGGCGCCAGCUCAGUCAGCUCCUGGAGGAGGCGAACAGGAAGCAGGAGGAGUACGUGGCAAAAAUGAAGUCUGAUACCAGCGACACCAGGAGGAGAUAUGAGGAGCUGCAACGAGACGAGGCAGCGCUCCAGCUGAGACAGCCCAAGAGCUCGCAUGAUGGUUUACUGAUGAGCCAUAUUAACCAGUCUGAGUUAGAGUACAGACAAAUAGAGAGCAUGCACGAGCAGGAAAUCCAGCAGUUUGCCACAGAGGUUGAGAGUAUCACAAAGAGGAAUGAGGAGAAGCAGAGGGAGGUGGAAGGGAAAGAGGAGGUGCUGAAGGAAGUGGAGACUGAGUGGAACGAGGCGCAAGACCGGCACGAGAAACUGAAAGCGCACGCUUUUGAGCUGAAUAGGAAAAAGAUUGAGCUGGAGAUGUCGAUUAAGCGGCUGAAGGAGAAAACCAGCAUCCUGCUUCAGCCCAAAGAGCAACUCAAGUCCGAGCUGGAGGAGCUGAGAGAGCACUACAUGGACAUGCUCGACAAACAGGCCUCAGAGCUGACGGCCGUGGAGGUGAGCAUCUAUAACAACAAUGUGAAACUGGAGGAGGUCAACAUGGAGAACAGCAGAAUGCAUCUCUGUAUCAGACAGAUGACAGAAGAGGUGAGCAGAGCCAAGCAGCACAAAGACCGAUACCAGCAGGAGUUCCAGCAGUUCAACCAGGACACUAAGGCCUUGUUUGAGAGUUUACAGGAGGCCUGGAGGGAGGAUUUAUUGGUAAACGCAGGAAAGUCAAUGCAGAGAUGGUGUCCUGUUAGAGUCGAUAGUUUCUCUGUUGAACCAUCUGAAGAUCAGGAGACAGGAGUUAGGACAUGUCAGCACACUCCUGCACCAACAUAUGCUGGACUUCAGCAAACAUCUGGGAGAUAAAACAACAGUGAAACAGCAAAGCUGACUUUAUACAGAAUACAAAUGGCUUUCAAAUGCUCUCUUUCUGUGCAGUGGAAAAACAGAUACAGUUCUUUAAGAGUGUUUAUGUAGUCCCACAACAGGUCAUAAAUUUAGCACUUUACUUUGGAGCUUUGAACAUUUUUGUUUCAUUGUCUGUUGUAACACCUUCAUGAAAUUCCCUGAUUAAACUAUUGCACCUCA